AUGCGUCAGAUUUGUGGAUUCCACAUGUCACCCCUCAGUCGGUACCGCCUGUUUUUGGCAUUGGUGGAGUUGAAUGCUUUCUCCUCGCGUCGGAUGUCUGAUCAGACAUUGGGGUCUUUCCUUCUCCCUCCACCAUUUGUCCAUUUUCAACUGAAGGAGAGGCAAGAUCAACGAAGGAAGGCAAAUGAGUGA